UGUCGCGGGCUCCGUCGUUCAUAUUUGAAUCAAGAAAAGGAACAGCAAGUAUCAUCAAAAUGUCAGGGGAUCAAGAUGAAGACUUUCAGGAGAGUCUGGAUACACUGGUGGCCAUCAGCAGGGCUCAACCUGAUAGACUAAAUCAAGUGGAAAACGAACAAAAGGCCUUUUUUGAUCGAAUGACGGCGACCAGAGAGACUGUGACACAGAUUUUAAAAGAUAUGGUUCAGGAAGAGGAGAGUAUGGGCCAGAUGCUUGCUGACAAGGAAGAGGAGAGGAAGCUACGGGAGAAAGAAAUGGAGAGCCUGGAUGAGGAGCUGAGCCAGCUCACUGCCAAGAGUCAGAUGAUGGACUCAGAAUUAGAGGCUCUGCAGAGCGAGUUGGAAGGACUGAGGAGCUCAGACAACGAGCUCACAGUUCUGCAGAACGAGAUUGAAGACGACACCACUGAGGUCAUCCCGUCUGCAAUACAUGUCGCAAAGCUGUACUCCUUAAUAACCAAGAUCAAGUGGGACUAUGAUACAGAGCCUCACAUCCUUAAAGGAGUGCAUUAUGGGCCUGAUCUAGUAUCUCCAAUCCACAUCGACACUUCUGCGACAUCUCGUAGGGACAUAGCUGACCAGUUAUGGAACUUUGUGAGCAGUGAAUGGUAAAUUAAUGCAUUUGUGCAACUUUGCAUGUCAGUGAGCAAUGUUUGUCCUUCGUAAUCAACAGUACAACUAGAAAAAAAAUAAAGCCUGGUGUCAUUUACUUAAAAACUUCACCAGGCAAGGACUAUAUGAGCCACUAGGUGUCGCUAUGUCUUUAUAAUAUGCAGGUUUUUUGUUCAUUAUUGUGGAUCUUGUUCUUGCUUACUUACUGUUGUGCAGACCUUAUUGUGCAAUUAGACAUUUUAAAAGAAAUAAAUGUGUUGCUGUAAUUUA